AAAUUUUGAAUUGUACUUUUAGGUGAGAAGAGCGUGUGGUUUUGUGGGUUCUUUCAGCAAAUUGGGCUUUACGGUUGUGGAGUUGCCUACACAAUUACCUCUGCAAAGUCUAUGAGAGCUAUUCAGAGAUCUAAUUGCUUUCACAUAGAAGGGCAUGAAGCUGCAUGUAAAUAUGGAGAUACAGCAUAUAUGUUAACAUUUGGGGUGGUACAGUUGGUAUGCUCUCAGAUACCUGAUUUCCACAACAUGGGAUGGCUCUCCAUUGUUGCAGCAGCUAUGUCUUUCUCCUAUUCAUCUAUUGGAUUCGGCCUUGGCCUUGCCAAAACAAUUGAAAAUGGAAAAAUAUAUGGAAAUAUAACAGGAGUGGCAAUGUCAUCAACGGUUGCGAAAUUGUCAAGGGUGUGCCAGGCUCUAGGAGACAUUGCUUUCGCAUAUCCAUAUUCCAUUGUUCUCAUCGAGAUACAGGAUACACUCAAGGCACCUCCACCAGAGAACCACACAAUGAAGAGAGCUUCAAUGACAGCCAUUGUGAUUACUACUUUCUUCUAUCUGUGUUGUGGAUGCUUUGGCUAUGCCUCCUUUGGAGACUCAACACCUGGAAAUCUCUUGACUGGGUUCGGUUUUUAUGAGCCAUAUUGGCUCAUAGACUUUGCAAAUGCCUGCAUUGUGCUUCAUUUGGUGGGGGGCUAUCAGGUGUACAGUCAGCCCCUUUUUGCAUUUGUAGAGAAAUGGUUAAUCCAAACAUUCCCAACUUGUGCACUAAUGAAAACAACAUACACACUUCACAUCCCAUUCAUUCCUACUUUCCAGUUAAAUUUACUUAGGCUUUGCUUUAGGACUGCAUAUGUUGUCUCAACCACUGGCUUGGCAAUGUUUUUUCCUUACUUCAAUCAAGUGCUGGGUGUACUUGGGGCUCUUAAUUUCUGGCCAAUUGCUGUUUAUUUCCCUAUUCAAAUGUACAUUGUGCAAAAGAAUGUGCAGACCUGGACAAGCAAGUGGCUUAUUUUUCAGACCUUCAGCUGUAUUUGUUUGGUUGCAUCUGUUAUAGCCCUAACUGGAUCCAUUCAAGGGAUUGUAAGUGAGAAAACAAGUUAAAAAGCACCAUUACACCACCCCACCC